AUGGGUCGCCAAGAAACAAUCCCAAUCAUUGCUACAGAAAAGUUGCAUCCUUCAGUGAACGCACUCUGGCAUCUUAUUGAAGACAACCGUGAAGUUCGUUUACUCUUCACCCAGAUGCUACAACAAAUCCCGAAUGGACCUCUUUACGACAAGAAUCCAACCGGUGGUCCACAAUUCCGCAACUGGAUGGGCCUUCUUUGCGCUUUCAACAACCAGCUCACACAAGGACCGGUAUGGCUUUACGAUACACCAGGCCAGCAGGGACUAACUGGCUUUCCUUUCAACGCCCUUUUGAACUGGUCCAUGUCAACCCCAGCAGGCCUCCUCGCCUUCCACCGUCCCGACGUCAACGCCCACUUUCACGAUAUCCUCACCGCCUACGGCAAAUUCCUCUCUUCCCCCGCCUCUGUUGCCGUUCUCAACUCCUCCGCGACCGGCUGGCUGAGCCCGACUGCCCUUGACGCCCUUGCGAAGACAGAUACCAGCGACGAUCCCCGUCCCCAGUUUCACGACCUCUUCGUCUCUAACCCGCUUCAUCCCACAUACGGCUUUUCGUCCUGGGACGCCUUCUUUACGCGCCGGUUCAGGCCGGGUAUUCGACCCCUCGCUUCCCCUUCCGAUGACGGCGUUAUAGUUAACGCUUGCGAAUCCACACCCAUGGCGCUAGAGCGUGGAGUCAAGCUGCAUGAUGAGUUCUGGAUUAAGGGGCAGCCGUAUAGCUUGACAGACAAAGAACUAGAACAAGCAAUGCGCUUCAAAGGCGGAACCAUCUACCAAGGCUUCCUGGGGGCACUAAGUUACCACCGCUGGCAUGCCCCUGUUUCUGGAGUAGUGGAGAAGGUUGAAAAGAUACAAGGGACUUACUUUGCUGGAUGUCCUGGAUUAGCGUCCCGCGAAGACUUACACGAUGGAGAGGAACGGGAGCUCGAUCCUUCAGCGCCGGAUCGAAGUCAGAGGUAUCUCUGCCAGGUGGGCACGAGGGCUUUGGUGUAUAUACGGGCGAAAGAAAGAAGGCUGGGGACGGUGGUGUUUGUAGCGGUGGGUAUGGCGGAGGUGAGUAGUUGUGAGGUUACGGUCAAGGAGGGGGAUUUGGUCGAAAAGGGGGAGGAGAUUGGUAUGUUCCAUUAUGGCGGCUCGACGCAUUGUCUUAUUUUCGAGCCAGGUGUGCGGUUGAAGUUCACGGAUGCAGUAGAGGAGGUUGAUAUCAAGAGACGGGGUCAUAAUUUGCAGGUCAAUGGAUAUCUGGCUGAGGUUGUAUCUAAUUGA